GUAUCUCUCACCUUUCGAUUUCUUCCUUUGACAUGCGGCCACGAUAGUUAGUUGACUUCUUCCCCUUUGGGAGUUCUCUGCAGGUUCACUUUACUCAAAAAUUUCAACUCGUCUUUGUAUCGGGAUGACGUAUGGUUUCAUGGUUUUCUCGCAACCAUCUCAGUAAAUUCGAACCGCCUUUGCAAAUGUGUCCCGGUCGCCGAUCUCCUCUAGGAGUUCCAUCUUAAUGUUCGCAUUCGAGUCCUCGGAACCAUAAUCACCAUGAUCGUAACACCCAUUUCCCGCCGAUACAGGGUCUUCGGCGGCAUCGCCGCCUUAGCUCUGUUUGCGACAUACCUGCACGUUCGGCCGCAAUGGAAAGAAGCGCCAUUCGAAUAUGCUCGCGAGUAUUACCACAGCGUCAAGGAUUAUCUCGGCAGUCCAGUUUACAACAACACGCUGUACAGCGAAGGGAACAAACAGACGGUCAAUCAAUACUAUAAUUCGAGCAACCCCUGCGCCAAUUUCCCCAACACAGACGGUGUUCUAUUGGUCAUGAAGACGGGCGCGACAGAGGCGUUCGACCGAAUACCUACGCAUCUGUUAACAACCUUGAACUGUCUCCCCGAUUUCCUCAUCUUUUCCGACAUGGAGCAACAAGUCGGCCCCUAUCACAUCUACGACGCUCUGGCCGAAUUCGAAGAAUCCGCAAAAGCUCACAACGAAGACUUUGAUCUAUAUCGCGACCAAAAAGAGUGUCCCGUGUCCCAAAAGUCGUGCGUCGAUGCUAAGAGAGACGGACAAAAGGCGUGGAACUUGGAUAAGUAUAAGUUUCUUCCCAUCAUGGAACAGACUUGGAAGAUGCGCCCGGGUCGCGAUUGGUACAUAUUUGCCGAAGCGGACACCUACGUCUUCUGGGCCAACGUCAUGCACUGGCUGAAGAAGGAGUCCGGCCUAAACCAUCGCGAGAAGCUCUACCUAGGCAGUCGAAGCUUCAUAGGAGGAACUCCAUUCGCCCACGGUGGUUCUGGAUAUAUCAUCAGCGGCACGCUACUAAAGCACCUGAUCGAAUACCAUCCCGGCAUGGUUAAGCAGUAUAAUGUCAAGGGAGCACACGAGUGUUGCGGCGACCUAAUGUUAGCGCAAGCGUUGGAAGAGUACGAGGACGUCAAGGUUCGACAGAUCUGGCCCAUGAUCAACGGCGAGAAGCCUAGCACUCUACCUUACGGCCCCGGACAUUGGUGCGAGCCAAUCAUGACCAUGCAUCACAUGAAUGCCGAAGAAAUCAGUAGCGUGUGGCAGUACGAGCAGACACGUACUACUGAUAGUACUCUCCUGAUCAAGGACUUGUAUGAGGGCUUGAUCCAGCCAAAGAUGCAGGUAACGCGACAGAAUUGGGACAACUUGUCCGACGACGUCUGCUACAUCAACCGUGAUCCCCACGCUCAGCUACGUGCCGAAGGACAUCUACGCGAUAGGCAGAAGGACGAGAACGACAUGAACGAUGUCGAAAAGGAGGCCUGGAAAUCGCCGGAGAAUUGCGCCAAGGUCUGCGGAUCCCAAGACGUCCCGGACGAAGAGGAAUGGGAUUUGCACGGGAUCGCGGAACGCACGAGCAACGAUCCUAGUACCGCCAACGACACCGAGGUCGCCGAAGACACGUCGCCAAGCGACGCCGCAGCCAGGGAAGCGUGGAAGAAGUCCAUGAAUGAGAAGAAGCGGAACCGAUCAUGCUUCCAGUAUCGUUGGCACGAAGAGGUUUGCUGUACGGCCAAGAGCUUCAAGCUAGGUGCGCCCAAAGCAGCGCCAGACGAGGACAAUCUCAACGCCAGAUGGACCAGCGGCUGGCACUUAAAAGGUAUCAACGACUGGAUCGAAGCGAUGGGCGAAUGUACAAAGCCUGAGUGGAAAUCUCCCGAUCCGUCAUAGUCAUCCUCUUCGUCUAAAAAAAAAAAGCUUGAGUUAUAUUAAGGUUAUAAUAGGGGAGGCGAAAAGGUUCGGCACCAGUUACGGGGAUAAUAACUUGAAAAUCAACGGCGAUCUCGACACACAGGGCCCGGAGCGAUCUCUGGGCGACUUUUUUCUUUUUCGAGGAAUUCUAUUGUAAGUACUAGCAAAACGCGGUCGGCUUGCCGUGUCUAGAUCAUGAUGGGGGUCACAUAACACGGCGUUCUUGGCAUCUUGCAGGUGGGAGAGGCGGAAACGGCGUAGGACUUACAGAGCUUAGGAUGGUUAUCGGCUCAUGCUUAGGUUACUUCGCAUAUCAGGCACUCACGAAGAUAAUUGCAUCAUCCCCAAUAAAGUAACCAGAAGUAAUGUGAUCACGGGUUAUUCCAUCGACGCCGAUAAGGUUGACGAGGACGGCGUAAGCAUAUGUGUUUGUCGUCCAAUUUGAUAUCGAGGAGUCAAUUUGCAGACCCUAAAUUUGGAGGAAGUACGGAAUAGAUUAAUUUUUAGUUCUCAGCCUACCUGGCCUGCCAUUUUGUUGUCAAUAAAUAUCUAGGCUCAGCCGCACGGUUCAUAGAAGCUCCCCUC